GCGGCGGUACCUUGACCUGGUGUUAGCCUCCUUGGCUGCAUGCAGACAGUAAUAGCAGCAACAGCAUGGCUUACAGUGCGAAGAUCGGUCCGUCCAUCCUGAGCAGCGACCUGUCCUGUCUGGGCAGCGAGUGUGUGCGGAUGAUGGAGUGCGGGGCAGAUUAUCUGCACCUCGACGUUAUGGACGGGCAUUUUGUCCCCAAUCUCACAUUCGGCCAUCCCAUGGUAGAGUGCCUAAGGAAGUCAGUAGGCCAAGACCCUUUCUUUGACAUGCACAUGAUGGUGUCUCGGCCGGAGCAGUGGGUGAAGCCCAUGGCUGCAGCAGGAGCCAAUCAGUACACAUUCCACUUAGAGGCCACUACCAACCCUGGAAACCUCAUUAAGGAGAUAAAAGAGAGUGGCAUGAAGGUGGGUUUGGCCAUAAAACCUGGCACAACGGUUGAAGAGUUGGCACCGUGGGCUAACCACAUUGACAUGGCUCUGGUCAUGACUGUCGAACCUGGCUUUGGUGGACAGAAGUUCAUGGAGGACAUGAUGCCCAAGGUGAGCUGGCUGCGGAGUCAGUUCCCUUCAUUAGACAUUGAAGUAGAUGGUGGGGUGGGUCCUGACACCAUUCACAAGUGUGCAGAGGCGGGAGCCAACAUGAUAGUGUCAGGCAGCGCUGUGAUAGGCAGCGACGACCCUCGUUCAGUCAUCGCUCUUCUGCGUACUGUGGUGGCCGAAGCAAUCCAGAAACGCUCGCUGGACCGCUGAGGUGUCCCCCUUGUGGAUAUCUCCACAGCGACACUCUACCUGGCCAGUCCAAGCAACACACCACAGCAGCCAGUGGAACAGACUCAAUAUGGACAUUUCUUGGGUAGAGGUCGGGGGUCACAGUCAGAUCAGGGGGGGUUUCUGUGGAGGCAUGAGCUGAUGGCCAAAUCUAAAUCACUUUGGUGUGAGUGAAGUUGCAUCGUGCCUCUACAGAACUGAUUGAACUUCAUCCUGUCCUGCCACAGCCUCUCCUCUCUGAACAGUUCAGUCAAAGUGAGUCUCAUCAUUUUGAGACUGGAGCUGAGGUUAUACUGAUUUCAGAUCUGUAAACAUUCCUUAAUAUUUUUUGACUUUUUUUAAGUAGAAAUCAUGGAAAUUAUUUGGCCCAAGGAGUACUGUGUUAAGCAUAUUUUCUGUUUGGCAAGUAAUUUUUUGACCUCCAACUGAAAUCAUGUUUCUUAAAUCAUAAAACUGUUUUUGCCCUUUUGCUGUUUUGUUGAAUGGACCAUUCACAAACUUACUGUACUGCUGAGCAAAAAUAUUGUACACUACUAAAUUCCGUGACAUUUGGCUUUGCAGAUUAAAAAGACUCAAGUGAA